GGGAUGGAGGGAGCCUGGGCCGGGAGGCAGUGCCGGUCCGGGCCCAGCAGCCUGGGCUGGGCUGGGCGGAAGCGGGGAGGGCGGUGGGGACGGCGCUUUUUCCUCUGCCCCGCCCCCUGGGACCACCUCCCCUCCCCCCUGCUCUCCACCGGCCGCGCUCUGGCUGGCGGCCGUUAGUUAGGCUUCCCGAGGCCGUUCCUUCAGUCCCCUUUCUCCUGGGUCGAGGAGGGGCCGUCUCCCUGCCGGUACCGCGGGCCCGGUCUCAGCGCCCGGCGCUGCUUGUGGGGAAGAGGCCGGUGGGGAUUUCGGGGCUUUCCCGCCCGGGCAGGGUCUCUCCUGUCAAGCGAAAGCUGAUUUCACCGGGAAGCUCAGCUUUCUGUUAACACCUGCUUCUCCCGCCUUUCUUGAGACCCGAAUGGUGUUUCUCGACUACUUCUGCGUCUCACGUAAACAUUUCUCCAACUCUUUCACUCUGUGGUAUCUCCCUGAGGUGUGAUCUCGCUAGUGCCACCACCAGAGAGACACGGCUGGACCCUCCUGCCCAGGUUAUGAAAAGCCCCUUCACCGCCACGGUUUGCUUACCUGGCUCAUGGCCUCCUGGUCAUUCCCUUGAACCGUCUCUUUCUCGGUUGUACCCUAACGUGGUCUCUCUGGAUAUAUGCCCGGCUUCUCUUGAGCUUGGUGAUUUCUGUUUAUCGGUGCCUCUGCAGUGUUUUCACUAUCUUGUUGGCAAUAACUCACUCCUUUAUCACUUUCGAGUCAGCCUUUUUAAGGUCAUUUCACUUCACAUUUGGUACACUCGUUUGGGGGGGAGUGGUGAUGCUUGUGAGGUGUAUGUAAAGCCUUAUGUAGGCUACCACCUUUUUUAUUUAGGGUCUUUGUUCUAAUCGGAUUUUCUGAAUGGAGUAGGUCACAUUAUCUCCUAAAUCUUUAUCCUUUGUAGAGAUAAUUUGUGUGAAGCCCUCGUGUUGAAAGAUAGAUGGCACUGAAUUUGAAAUGACAGUGGCAGUGAAGCCUUACGCAUCUCUUAAGCAUGAUCCCACAACCUUCUUCCAAUUUAGAGAUCCCGUUUUCCCUUUCGUCCCAAUUUUGGAAGACUCAUUUCGUGUUUAUUUUGAGAAGUCCCAUUCAUUUUUGCCCGAUUGCAAUUAAUUAUCCCUGCUGCAAACAUGGUCUUCAUGUCCCCCGUCGGAUGAGUUAAAUCUGGAGGGAGCACAUGGAUUAAAAAACAGGUUCUGCCACUUCAGGCUAAGAUCUCCUGUUACUUUUGUGUUCAGCUGUUAAGUUGAUUUCACCUGAAUGCCUGUAACAGCUUGUAUUCUUUUAGACUUUGUAUCUUGCUAAAGUCAGUGAUGUGAAAAGAUCUGACAUGGAUGAUAUUGCUGAUAGGAUGAGGAUGGAUGCUGGAGAAGUAACUUUAGUGAACCACAACUCCAUAUUCAAAACCCAUCUCCUGGCCCACACAGGUUUUCCAGAGGACCAGCUUUCAUUUUCUGACCAUCAGAUUUUACCUUCCAGGGAAGGAAAUUUGGACCGAUCUUAUACAUGUUCUACAAGAAGUACGGCUUAUAAUCCAAAUUAUUAUUCAGGAUUCUUUGUCAGCAAGAUGAGAUCUCCUCCCCUAAAAAGACACAACCCUUCCUCAGACAGUUUUCUUGGCUCAGGAGACUUAAGAACCUUUGGCCAGAGUGCAAAUGGCCAGUGGAGAAAUUCCACUCCAGCAUCAGGUUCAACUUCACAAAAAUCAAGAAACAGCCGAAGUCUUUACCUCGAAACCCGAAAGACCUCAAGUGGAUUAUCAAACACUUUUACGGGAAAGUCAAACCAUCACUGCCAUGUGUCUGCAUAUGAAAAAUCUUUUCCUAUUAAGCCUGUUCCAAGUCCAUCUUGGAGUGGUUCAUGUCGUCGAAACCUUUUGAGCCCCAAGAAAAUGCAGAGGCGACAUGUUAGUACAGCAGAAGAGACAGUCCAAGAAGAAGAAAGAGAGAUUUACAGACAGCUGCUACAGAUGGUCACAGGGAAACAGUUUUCUGUAGCAAAACCCACCACACACUUUCCUUUACACCUGUCUCGAUGUCUUAGUUCCAAUAAGAAUACUUUGAAAGACUCACUGUUUAAAAAUGGAAACUCUUGUGCAGCUCAGAUCAUUGGCUCUGAUACUUCAUCAUCUGGAUCUGCCAGCAUUUUAACUGCCCAGGAACAACUGUCCCACAGUGUGUAUUCCUUAUCAUCUUGUGCCCCAGAUGUUGUGGCAUUUGGAUCCAAAGAUUCUGAUCCUGUCCAUCAACCCCAACAUCACCACUCUCUUCUACAUCAGCCAGAUCACUUACCAGCUUCAAAUACACAAUCAGAAGGAUCAGACUCUGUGAUCUUACUCAAAGUGAAAGAUUCCCAGACUCCAGUUCCCAGUCCUACUUUUUUUCAGGCAGAGCUGUGGAUCAAAGAAUUAACUAGUGUUUAUGAUUCUCGAGCACGGGAGAGAUUGCGCCAGAUUGAAGAGCAGAAAGCACUAGCAUUACAGCUUCAAAACCAGAGAUUGCAGGAACAGGAACAUUCAGUACAUGAUUCAGUAGAACUGCAUCUUCGUGUACCACUUGAAAAGGAGAUCCCUGUCACGAUCACCCAAGAAACAGAAAAGAAAGGUCAUAAAUUAAUUGAGAGUGAAGAUGAAUUUCCUGAAAUCACAGAGGAAAUGGAGAAGGAAAUAAAGAAUGUAUUUCGUAAUGGGAACCAGGAUGAAGUUCUGAGUGAAGCAUUCCGCUUAACCAUUACACGCAAAGAUAUUCAAACUCUAAACCAUCUGAACUGGCUCAAUGAUGAGAUAAUCAAUUUCUACAUGAAUAUGUUGAUGGAGCGAAGUAAAGAAAAGGGAUUGCCAAGUGUGCAUGCAUUUAAUACCUUUUUUUUCACUAAGUUAAAAACGGCUGGUUAUCAGGCAGUGAAACGUUGGACAAAGAAAGUGGAUGUAUUUUCUGUUGAUAUUCUUUUGGUGCCCAUUCACCUAGGAGUGCACUGGUGUCUUGCUGUUGUGGACUUUCGGAAGAAGAACAUUACUUAUUAUGACUCUAUGGGUGGAAUAAACAAUGAAGCCUGCAGGAUCCUCCUGCAAUACCUGAAGCAAGAAAGCAUUGACAAGAAAAGGAAAGAGUUUGACACCAAUGGCUGGCAGCUCUUCAGCAAGAAAAGCCAGGAAAUUCCACAGCAGAUGAAUGGAAGCGACUGUGGCAUGUUUGCUUGCAAAUAUGCUGACUGCAUUACCAAAGACAGACCAAUCAACUUCACACAGCAACACAUGCCAUACUUCCGGAAGCGGAUGGUCUGGGAGAUUCUCCACCGAAAGCUUUUGUGAAGACUGUCUCAGUUAGCCGACAUUGACCUUGUGGGGGACCAGCUCUUUGUUGUCUACAGCCAGAGACCUUGGAAACAGCUGCUCCCACCCCUGUGUUCUUGUAAAGCCCUUGAUCCCGGACCAGGCCCUGGCGAGAUGCAUUCACAAGCACAUCUGCCUUUCCUUUUGUAUCUCAGAUACUAUUUUUGCAAAGAAACUUUGGUGCUGUGAAAGGGGUGAGGGACAUCCCUAAGCUGAAGAGAGAGACUGCUUUUCACUUCUU